CGGUUCGAGUACGCUUAGCCUUAGCAUUAGCAUCCUUCGGAAGUCCCCCGCCGGUGGCUGUGUGUUUACGUGUCGCGAGCACAAUAUGGUGGCGAAUAGGAAGCUGACGGCAGCGGCCGUGCUGGUGGUGUGCUGUGCGGUGCUAGUGCCGGCCCGGGCCGCUACGAGCCUUGCCAAGCGGGAGGCUCCGCUACCACCGUCCGGUAGCUACCUGCCACCGUCUGGCGGUGGUGGUGGUGGUGGUGGUGGCGGCUAUCCAGCUGCUCAGACUCCUUCCUCCAGCUACGGUGCUCCGGCUGGUGGUGCUGGAGGUUGGGGUGGCAACGGAAACGGCAACGGAAACGGAAACGGAGGCCGCGGUGGUUACUCCAACGGUGGUGGCCACUCGGGAUCGGCACCGUCCCAGUCGUACGGUGCUCCGUCGGCUCCGUCCCAAUCGUAUGGCGCUCCGUCCCAGUCGUACGGUGCACCGGCGGCUGCUCCAUCGCAGUCCUACGGCGCACCGAGCUUCGGUGGCAACGGUGGAGGUGCUAGCCACGGUUCGGGAGGUUUCACGGGAGGACACGGUGCCAAUGGAAACGGUAAUGGAUACUCGAGCGGACGCCCAUCGAGCCAGUAUGGACCACCGCAGCAACAGCAACAACCCCAGCAACAGUCGUUCCGUCCGCCAUCGACCAGCUAUGGUGUACCGGCGGCUCCAUCGUCCUCGUAUGGUGCUCCUUCCGCCAAUGGCUUCUCGAACGGUGGUCGUCCAUCGAGCCAGUACGGUGCUCCGGCUCCUCAAUCGAAUGGCAACGGAUUCGGUGCUCCGCGUCCCUCGUCUAGCUAUGGUGCGCCAAGCCGCCCAUCGACCCAGUACGGUGCUCCGUCCAAUGGUAACGGUAAUGGAUACGCUGGACAUGGCAAUGGUAACGGUCACGGUAAUGGCAAUGGUCAUAGCAAUGGUAACGGCAAUGGAUACAACCGUGGACCAGCUCGUCAACCUUCGUCGCAGUAUGGACCACCGUCCCAGGGACCUCCUUCGUCGCAGUAUGGACCUCCUUCUCAGGGACCUCCUUCAUCGCAGUAUGGACCUCCUUCUCAGGGACCUCCUUCGUCGCAGUAUGGACCUCCUUCUCAAGGAUCUCCUUCAUCGCAGUAUGGACCUCCUUCUCAGGGACCUCCUUCAUCGCAGUACGGUGCUCCGGCACCUUCUCGCCCAUCGUCCCAGUACGGUGCUCCGGCACAGACCCCAUCUAGCCAGUAUGGACCACCGCGUCAGUCUUCUCCGCAAUUCGGAGCACCGGCUCCACGUCCGCCAUCUUCGCAAUACGGAGCUCCUGCUCAAGCCCCAUCCAGCCAAUAUGGCGCACCGGCGCAGACUCCUUCCAGCCAAUAUGGAGCCCCAGCUCAGGCACCUUCCAGUCAAUACGGAGCGCCAGCUCCUUCUCGUCCAUCGUCCCAGUACGGAGCCCCAGCUCAGGCACCUUCCAGCCAGUACGGUGCCCCAGCUCAGGCACCUUCCAGCCAGUACGGUGCACCAGCCCAGACCCCAUCCAGCCAGUACGGUGCUCCGAGCUUCGGUUCAACCGGUGGUUCUUCCUUUGGCGGCAAUGGCGGCGUAGGAGGUAGCUACCAGACGGCCUCGAGCGGCAACGGCUUCUCGCAGGCAUCGUUCUCGGCCAGCAGCUUCUCCUCGAACGGUCGCUCGUCGCAAUCGGCUGGCGGUUACAGCUCCGGCGGUCCUUCGCAGGUACCAGCCACGAUUCCGCAGCAGUACUCGUCGGGCGGAGGAAGCUACAGCUCCGGUGGUCACUCCCAGGUUCCGGCUACGCUUCCGCAGCAGUACUCAUCCAACGGAGGCUACAACUACUAGGUAGGGCGUAGGAGACACGUCCAUGGACACGACCGAACAGACGGACACGGAACCGCGACCCUAACACUGGCUCUCAUCGUACCGGAACAUGCAGCAAACACGUGCCUUAUUUAAGAUUUAACUUAUAGUGUAUCCCACACCCCGCAAAACCUCCCUUUUGUGUGUGUUCCCCAAGUGACGGAGGAGAAGAAGCAGCCCCAAGGAGAGGAGAGCAGAAGUAAUCACCGACCGCAAAACCUAAUGCGUCGAAAUGCGGGCGGGGUCGUUUAAAUUAUUUCAUGUGUUCAACGUUGUCUUCAUUAUCUGUUUUUACUAUAAUUGUAUAAGUUGAAACGGCACACGCCAACGGUAUGGACGCAAAAACCAUCCAUCCACGCUGAGACUCGAGGGAGAGAUAGAGAUAGAGGAUGAGCGAGAGAAGGAGAACCGACAGCCCAGCAGAAGCAAUAGUAAGAAUAGAAGAUUUCACGAGAAUCGGCCCCAAAACAUCACGAUCCUCGAGGACGCUCGUAGCUCAACGGCAACAAACCGACCAAACACACCGUUCGUCUCCCGAGAGUUGCACGUCCGACAGUUUGUCCAAAAUUUUUGUCACGCAAAAUUGUGGAACAAGCACACUCGGCAGGCUCGCGAGCGCGCGCGCGCACGCCUCUAUUCUCUGACUGACUCUCCUGACCUGACCGGACCGGAAACCGCGACUCGCGAAUCAAUCGAGGAGAUCAAGAUCCUUCGCGGCGCGCAAAUGAAACACUUUUGUGGCCGUGGCAGCACCUAGCCCCCGAUGGUGGUGCGCGGCUCCCAAUCACCCUUUCGAACGGCUGGCAGGCCUAACGAAAUUCGAAAUAAAGUGUAAUCAUCGUUUGACUUUUUUCCUCAAAAAA